CAGUGAGCAGAGAGCGGCUUCUGUCUGUGCAGCCGCGCGGUCAUGAGCCGGUCAGCGGCAGUCGGUAGCGCCGGAGAGGAGGAGGAGGAGGCUGGUUAAAGACAGACAGACAGACAGACAGACAGGCAGGCAGGCAGGCAGACAGACAGGCAGACAGAGGGACAGAGGGGGAAGACACGGCUCGGUUGUAAUUAAAUGUCUCUCGCUCUCGUUCGUCUGCAUCAUGCUGUACUUCCAGCUGGUGAUCAUGGCCGGGACCGUCAUGCUGGCGUACUACUUCGAGUACACGGACACGUUCAGCGUGCACGUGCAAGGAUUCUUCUGCUACGACACGGCGUUCACCAAACCUUACCUGGGACCCGAGGACAGCAGCGCCGUCCCGCCCGUGCUGCUCUACGCUGUGGUGGCCGGUCUGCCCACGCUGCUGAUUACAAUAACAGAGACCGUGCUGUUCCUCGUCCAGUACACAUCGAAAGAGUUUGACCGCUCAGAGAAGACCGUGGCUAUCGGGGACUGCUGCUACCUCAACCCACUGGUGCGCAGGACUUUCCGCUUCCUCGGAGUCUACAUUUUUGGCCUCUUUACCGUUGACAUCUUUGUCAACGCAGGUCAGGUGGUGACAGGGAACCUCGCCCCCUACUUCCUGACCGUCUGUAAGCCAAACUACACAGCACUGGGCUGCCAGCAGGCUCUGCGCUACAUCAGCCACCAGGAGGCGUGCACAGGAAACCAGGAUGACAUUCUGAGGGCCAGGAAAACCUUCCCAUCCAAGGAGGCUGCACUCAGUGUCUACGGGGCGCUCUACCUGGCUAUGUAUGUGACGUGUGUGGUGCAGGCGAAGGGCACUCGUCUGGCCAAACCCGUGCUGUCUCUGGGGCUCAUGUGUCUGGCUUUCCUCACCGGUCUGAACCGCGUGGCUGAAUAUCGCAACCACUGGUCAGACGUCAUCGCCGGCUUCAUCAUCGGCUCGUCCAUCGCCACUUUCCUGGUGGUAUGUGUGGUCCAUAACUUCAAAGGGAAACUCCUGCUGAGCGAAGAAUCACCAGCGGAGUCGCGGUCCAACACAGCCAUGCUGAGCAUGGGCCGAGUGGAGAGUCCACUGGAGAAGUACAUCGCCUCGCAGGAGACCGAUGAUGAUGAAGAUGAAGAGUCGAGUUACAUCAUGGAGCGUCUCUCAGCGUUCCUGCGCUGGCUGCGGGGUCUCGAUUGGUUCCAGCGUUUCCGGAAAAAAAGGCAACAGAGUGUGAAGUUGUUUGACCUGAACUCCAAAUAUCUCUGGACAGAAGUUUGUUUCUCAUCUCAGAUUAUGUCUGAAAUCACACACAACGUGAUUCCUCUUCAAUCUACAAAUCUAUAAGAGGUUUCUGCUCAUCAGACGUGAGGGCCCUGUAUCAAAUUAGACCUUUUAUUAUUAUUUUAAUUCAAUUCCAGAGAGUUACAGCCCUCUCCUCAGCUAAUCUUAGAGUUGAAUGGUCCUUUCUCCUCCUGCCCUGUGUUACAGUGUGACCAGUAAGACAUCAUUAAUAAUUUGACCCAAUCAGAGAUUCUUGUGUCUUUGCUGAUCCAAAGUGAAACUGACAGAACAUUUCACAGCAGAUAUUUUGUCUAAAGUCAUUUUAUUAAGAAAUUGUGAAGAAUUUGAAUGUUAGUAAUGAACUGCAGUAGAAGCAUAAUAUAAUCUAAUAAUAAUUCUGCUGAAGAGCCUUUCACAGGCUGCAGAGGUCAGCGUCACAGACCAUUGAGACGACUGCAGGACAGAGAAGACGUCCUCCAUGAUAGGAUCAAUAAUCUGACAUGACAUCUUCUUCUGAUUUCUUUUAGGUAGUGAUGAGUAACAAAGAUAGUGAGGGCAAAUGUAUUGGAGUAAAAGUACACAAUUUAUUUAGGAGAUGUAGUUCAGUAAAAGUAAAAGCUUGUAGAAAUAUAAAUAACAAAGUGAAGUAGAGAUAUGUGAAGUGCAGUAACAAAGUAUUUGUACUUCAUUACAACACUGGGAAAAAUCUGCGAGUAUUUGUACAUAUCUCAGCGAUUACCACACACUGUCUUGUAUAAAAUGAAAUAAGCCAUAUUCAUGGUUACCUGAAUGAAAAGGUAUCAUGUUAUCGUGAUGGUUAUGGUUUGGUUUAGGUAUAUUAUUUAACAUUAGGGUUAGGGUUAGGGUUAGAGCGACAGGGAAUCCUUCGCUCUUGGUUUUAAGAAACAAAGAAAUGAACCAUGUCCAUGUCUCACGUUGAAGCUUUUUGGUCAAAGACAAAGUCAGUCCAGCCUCAUGACACCUGUUCAGUUUCAGUUUAACAUCAGCACAGAGCUGACUCUGUCCAUGGUGCUGAACUCAUGCAUUUCAAAAGUUUAGCCACAUUUGUGCCGUGUAAAGUGUGGAGAUACAACAUGAGAGAGAUCAUGUUCAUGCUAGCAGGCUAAUGCUAAUGCUAUCCCCCAAACCUGAGAAGCUCGUAGAAGGAAAAAUACCACGAACAUCUUAAAAAAAGCUAGUAGCGAGCGUCAGCUUUGGCAAAAAUGAUGUUGCUCUAAUAUCAGCUGUCUGAAAACUUGAAGUAUCACUGGGAGUGAUGUUAGCAUCAGGUUCCUCUCGUCUAGUUGCGGCAGUGUUUUAUUUCCUGCUGAUUCAUUGUCCUGUAAAGUGGUUGUAGUUUCAGGGCCAGGAUCUAGAAAGCACUCAAAAAAUGUUUCACUUCACUUUGGCUCUCUGCUUAUAACAGAGGUGCAUUAGCGCGCUGUGCUAGUAAAGUGCUUCAGUCGAGUGUGUCAAACCCCGCCCACUCUGGAAAAAAGAGACACGCACUUAAAGUUUUUAACUUGAUUUCUUAUGAAAAAGACUGACGUCGCCACGUGUUAUAGAUACAGAUAUAUUUAUAUGACGUUUACCUGUGAUUGGAGAGAAACUAAACUUUCAGAUCCCACCAGACAACAGCCAUGCUGGUGGAUUUAAAGCUAUUCACUUUAUAAUAUCUGUGUGCAAAAAUGAUAUUAAUCAUAAUGUGUGAUUUUUUUGCAUAUGAACUGAUGUUUUUCAUGUGAGUCAAAGCAGCUGUUUCUGUUGAAUUAAACACAUGCUGCCAUGCUAAAGGACUUAGAGCGAUGCUGUCAGACAGUGUUAGAACCAUGCGGCAGCAGCAGCAGGAUUAGGCACCAAACAGCACGAGCUAAUCCACAUUCAGGAAAUGUUCACCAUGUGCGCUUUGUUCUGUGAGAAAUGAGCUCAGGCUUUAAGAAGCAAA